AUGUUGACUUAUCUCAGGAGGUCUUACUGGAUUAUUGGAGGAAGAGCGCCAGUAAGAUCCUUCAUUCUCAAGUGCGUGGAAUGUGCCCGCCAACGUGGAGUACGUGCUCAGCAACUGAUGGGGCAGCUUCCAUCGGCACGUCUGUCUCCAGGACGUGCCUUCUCUAACACUGGUGUAGAUUACGCUGGACCAGUGUCCAUCAAGAAGUGGAAGGGGCAUGGUCAUAAAACCCAAAAGGGUUGGUUAGUGAUCUUCGUUUGCAUGGCCACGUCAGCACUUCAUCUGGAACCUGCCACCGAUUACUCUGCUGAUGGGUUCAUCGCUGCCUAUCGGAGAUUCGUGAGUCGUCGAGGUCGUCGCAGGAACCUCUUCAGGGAUUGUGGAACGAAUUUCGUUGGUGCAGACAAGGAGCUGAAGAGGUUGUUCUCCGCGGGAUUAAAGGAGUUCCAGCAUCUCACAGCAGUUUGCCUGCAAGACGGUACUCGGUGGUCUUUCAAUCCACCUGGGGCCCCUCAUUUUGGAGGAAAAUGGAAAGCAGCGGUAAAAUCAGUGAAGUAUCAUCUCUCUCGAACGAUUCGGGAUACUACACUGAUGUUCGAGGAACUCUCUACGCUGCUUACCCAGAUUGAAGCUGUGCUCAACUCCAGACCUCUACAGGGUCUUUCUGAAGACCCCGACGACGUGUUGUGUCUCACUCCGGGGCAUUUUUUGAUUGGAGAAGCUCCAAUAACUCUACCGGAACCUUCACUGGAUCAUCUCAACAUUGGACGGAUCUCUAGAUGGCAGCUUAUCCAGCAGAGGCUGCAGUACUUCUGGAAGCAGUGGUCUACAGGAUAUCUGCAGCAGCUGCAGUCCAUCUCCAAGUGGCAUCAUCCGUCCAACGAUAUUCGCAUCGGAUCUCUGGUUCUUCUCUCCGAUGAAAGGUUCCUGCCGUCGAAGUGGCCCCUCGCACGUAUCACAGCUCUACAUCCUGGGAAGGAUGGCCUCUCCAGAGUUGUGACCACCAAGACGGCAAUGACGUCGCUGACUAGGCCAAUCUCUAAGCUGGUUCCGUUGCCCAUCUCUACCAGCUGA